UUUACUGUCAUACUAUCUUUGUUGCGAGCAAGCUGUAAACAGGGGACGCAAGUUUCUGAAGACUGCGCUUUAAAACAGGCUGUUUUAGCUUUUUAUUGACAAUAACGCCGCUUACCGUGAACGGAACAUGGAAGACGACGUACUAACGACGCUGAAAAUAUUGAUUAUAGGAGAAAGUGGUGUUGGCAAGUCAAGCCUCCUCUUGAGAUUCACAGAUGACACAUUUGACCCGGAACAAACGGCAACAAUAGGUGUUGACUUCAAAGUGAAAACCAUUUCUGUGGACGGUAACAAGGCAAAGCUUGCAAUAUGGGACACUGCAGGACAGGAGCGCUUCCGAACGCUGACGCCCAGUUACUACCGCGGUGCCCAGGGAGUAAUCCUGGUGUACGAUGUCACGAGACGGGAAACCUUCACCAAGCUCGACAACUGGCUCAACGAGUUAGAGACAUACUGCACAAGGAACGACCUCGUCAAAAUGCUCGUGGGGAAUAAAAUCGACAGGGAAAACCACGAGCUCGACCGGGCCGAAGGCUUGAAGUUUGCAAGAAAACAUUCCAUGCUUUUUAUAGAGGCGAGUGCCAAGACCAGGGACGGUGUUCAGUGUGCGUUUGAGGAGCUGGUGGAGAAGAUUAUCCAGACCCCCGGUCUAUGGCAGAGCGAGAACCACGGCCGAGGAGUCCAGCUCACCGACGAGGACGCGGGAGGCGGAACCUGCGGAGGCUACUGCUCCCUGGUCUAGACAAACGAUGGAAAACACCUUCACACACACGUGGACGCCACACACUCAAAUAUAAACAUGGACACAAACACACACACCCCUCCCCGCUGUGUCAUCCUGAGCUGAGCCCUCUCCUCAGACAUAGAGGCGGUGGAGGUCUGAGGGUCGACCGUCCGUCUCCUCGCUGUUCACACAGACUUUUUGCACACUUUCUAAUAACAAUGCUGCGCUAAUAUGCAACUGCAGCUCCGCCUUCCUCUUAACGGACACCAAGUGAGGGUUUGUUUUUUUCUCCUCGUCUUCGUUUUGAGUCACAGUUUUGUGCCGUUUUUAGAACCCGGGUCAAAAUAUGAGCCAUUCUCAUUUUACACAUCGAAAGAAAUAAUUAAAAGAAUUAACCAAAGUCACACACAUGAAUAAAUCUGUGAGGGAUGAUGAUGAGAAUGGAAACAGUUUUAACCCCUAGGUUUUCUUUUUUUCUCCAGCAUGCUGAUCAUCGUCGGAGCACCUUGCCUUAGCGAACACAUCUGUAUCAAUGCAAAUCCACCUUCUCUCCAGUGUGAGCGUUUCCUCUGCUCUGUCCUGUGCUUGAUUCCCCCCCCCCCUCGACUGAACAUUACGCUGCUUAUGAAGAAGCUUAUCAAGCCAGGCUGACUUUGUUUUCUCAUCUCGCACACUCUCAGUCUUUAAAGGCCUGGAUCAUGCGUUUCUUUUGUUGUUCCACAAACUGCCUCAUUUUUCUUCAGAAUAUAAUAGAGUUACCAAGUGUCUGGAAUGAUGUUUUACUGCUUUUAUUGACUUGGACUUCAAACCUGUGGUGUGUUUUGAAGAGUGCAUGAAUCAAAGAGAUUGGCACUAGCGAGCUUUCCACCGGGUGCCCGAAGAAGAGGGAACCUCUUAAAAUUGCACGCCUUUGUUGUAACGAGUUGCUUUAAUGGAGUGCGACUCACUGGCACUCCCUCACUCAGACAGAUAAUAUCAGUAAUAUCACUAGCACUGCUGCAGUUAUUCAUAUACAUCCGUUUUGACUGGACAGAGACAAAGGAAAAGUGUUCAAUAUAAGACGGGGCAGUGAGUCAUGAGGGUGUUUCCACUGGGUUUCGGAAAAUCAAAGAAAGAGCUGUGUGCUCCACAUGGCUAAUGGAUUUCACAGUACUCUAUCUAUCUGUGUGUUUUUGUAUCUGAGGAAAGCAGUUAUACAUGUACUGUACCCCUGACCUCUGACCUCUCACCAUGUUUGUAGAAUCUGAAUGCUGAUGUGUGUUCUUGGAAAAAAUCCUGGGAAAAGUCUAGCUCUGAGAGUGUGAUCUUGUAACGGGGAUUCAGUGAAAAUGAUAUGAGUACGAGUUAGAUUUUAUUUUUUAAAUCUCUUUUAAAUUGCAUGUGAGUCUCUGCGUGCCAUCUUUUUUUGUGUUUGUUUGUCCAGUGAACGGCCUUGUUAGGCUUUUUACUAUAAACAAUAUAACUUAUAUUUAGCUAAAGUAAGUUUACCAUUUUGAUUUUAAUGGUAUAAUAAAACAAAAAGGAAGUAGGCUUUUACUCAGUUAUCUCUUUUGUGUUCAAUAAAUAUGUUGGAACAUGUAAACCUUGUAAAUUGUGUAUUUUUAAGGAAUUCGUUGGGAUGAUUCCUGUAUGAAGUGUAAAGCUGAAUGUAAACAUAUUUCACGACAAACUUCCCUCUGUAUUAAACGGAAUAAAAAUCUUU